GCGGUCGUUUAUGAGGAGAGGAUAAUAGCUGGCUUCGCCUGGCGACGGUCGAAAUCGAAAUUGGUGAACCGAGGCAUCGUAGUGUAGCUGUAAGUCUGUGGGCAAUUGGAGAGGCGAGAGCGUCGUCAAUUGAAUUCUGGUUGAAUUGGUCAAAGUGGUCAAUUGAACGGUUGAAUUGGUCAACGUGGGGCCAUAGCGUGAUCGAUUGGUCAAGGCGGUGGGAGAGCGUCGUGAAGUGGUGGAAGCGGGAUGAGAGCGUGGUCAAUUGGUCAAAGGAGGGUUGAAGCGUGGUCAAUUGGUCAGAGCGGGGUUGAAGCGUGUGUGGUGAAGGAAGGCGGUCGAGUUUGAGACAACCUUAAUUAACGUUGACGGUAGCGGCAGGUCAGGAGCUUAUGAAUUGAGCGAGCGUGAGCGGGGACAGAGAGCACUGACCGCUUGACUGCUGCUGAUUGGAGGCAGCUAGACUCUGCUAGAGGAGGUGUGCGCACUGCGCUGGUCUUGACUGCGACAACGAUGGCGCAGAAGGAGCAAACGCUGGAGACCGGCUUGGCAGAACAUGGAUCUGAGAAGUUCGAAGAAGCUGAGGAAGUUGGCUCGGAGAAGCUCGAGCAGGCCAAGCAAGGGGUGCAGCGGAAGUAUGACGAGGCGAAGGAAGGAGGGCAGCAAAAGCUCGAGCAGGUAAAGGAGGGAGGUCUAGGAAAGUACGAACAGGUGAAGGAUGCGGUUGCGGAGAAGAUCCGAGGCGGCAUGGAGAUGGGGAGGGAGGAAUUGUGGCGCAUGACGGAGUCCGCGCUGGAGAACGCGGCGAAGAUGAGAGACAUCGCCAGUGAAAAAAUGAGUCAAUCUAGCGAGCAGCUGAAGGGUUCGGCUCAACAGCUGAAGGAGGCGGGGCAGCACAAGACCAGCCAGGCUGUUGAAUCGGGCAGAGAAAGUCUGAUGAAGCUGCAGGAGAUCAUGUCAGAGCGUUUGCAGCAGGCCAGGGAGAAGGUGAUGUCCACGUCGGCCCAGAUGAAAGAGGCAAGCGGAGAAAGGUAUGCUCAGCUCAAAGCCACCCUCGAGGAGAGCGUACGGGAUUUGACUGAAAAGUCAAAAGCAGCCUCUGAGACGGCGAACUCCAUAUCCGACCAGGUCAAGGACCGGGUUGGGCAGAUGGUUAGCUCGGUCAAGGACUCGACAGCAGAGAAGGUUUCUCAGGCAAAGGCCUGGAUUGCAGAGAAGUCAGAGAUAACAAGAGAUGCAGCUGAGGGAAAGCUGGAGGACACCAAGGAAGCGGCCGCGGAGAAACUUGCGGCGGCGAAAGAGUCGGCGAAAGAGUCGGGGGCUAAGGUUAUGGAGGAGACGAAGCAGAAAGUCGUCGAGAAGACAGAGCAGGCCAAGGAGAUAGCUGAGGAGUGGGCAACGCAGUUGCGAACAUACUUGGAAGGGAUGCUCAGACAUGCACAAGAGAAGGUGGUGGGAGCGAAGGACGCCGUGACCGCCAAGGCAGGGGAGAAGGGUGGUGAGCUCAAGCAAAGAGUCGCAGAUUCGAUGAGCCAGAUGAAGGAAACCAUAGCUGCACAAGCGGCACACGGUAAGGAGCUGGCUGGAGAAGGGGUGCAAAAACUGAGAGAGGUCGUCGCAGGGGUAGUUGAGCAGGCAAGUACCGUGACUGUCGAGAGCACCAAACACGUUGCAGGGGUGGUGAGAGAGAAGGCCUCACAGGCUGGAGUGGCCGCUGCCGACAGGCUGUAUCAAGUGGUAGAAGCAGCCAAGAGCAGCGUAGGGAGUGUAGUGCCAGGAGGCGGCCCUGAGAAAAAGUAGCCAACUGAAGGAAGCUAUUGAGUUAGAAAAGAAAUUGAAGAUGGGGGUGCUGACCGCCAAAGCAAACAACUUAGCAGAAGAAGCGUGUACCAAUAGGUCUGGGCUGAUGGGCGGGUCGAGUGACUAAUCAGAAGCAUAAGGAGCCUAGGAGGUGGGGCAUGAAGUGGCCUAGAGCUGCGGCUCGCGAGCAUGCCGCCAACAUGAAGUACAUACCUGGAGAAACGAGUCGAGGCACUGGGAAAGGAAAUGGCGGGCAAGAGCAGAGAACAUGCUGUUGAUUUCGCAAAGGGGCAAACGAGAAGACUCAGCAGAGCCAUUGCGCAUAAAUAUAUAGUACAUACACUAUAGAGAGGUGGAAAAGGAAGAGGCCGAGAUUGCCCCGAGUACUAACGAGGCUGUGGACUCUCAACAUAAAGUUUGAGCAGGCCCAGAGGGCAAGAAGUAGAGUUGCCCGUUCCCUGAGAACUAGGCUGUGGACCUGUGGACUUUCGACUUUGCAAAGGCCCAGAGGGCAAGAAGUAGGAGCUGCCCCUGCCUGCCUGCUGCUGAAUGAGUAGAGCAACAGAGUAGUAGUGGAAGGUGGUGGAAAAUGAGACGGCUGAGACUCUGAGAGUGUGCUGAGAAUCCUAUAGACUCCGCAAAGGGGAUUGUUGCAGCCUUGCAGGAGCAAGAGUCUCGGCAGGAUAAAGGGCUACGCCCGCU